GCAGAGAGGCACUUCCGAGACACGUCCCCAGACACGUCCUGGUCCACCUCGGCGAGACCUCGGCUGCAUGCCUCGGCGGUCUCGGCGCGGCAGGCAAGUAGGCCAGCAGUCUAACGGCUCCUCUCUGUUCUCGGCGCGGCAGGCCAUCCCGUGGUGCAUCGACGGCCCCUCGGUCUGCCCGCCACACACCGGUCCCGUGCCUCUCCCUCACGAGCAUCGGCACGGUGCUGCUCUGCACCUCCCUAUUCGUGGUGCGCUACGGCUGCUUCCUCUUCCCCUGCGUCUGCGCGCCCGAGGUGCCCGGCUGGCUCGCCUUCCCGCCCUCGACUGACCUGCUCUCGCCGCUCGGAGAGACGUGGGGCUUCAAGUACUCUGCGCUCUUCCUCGAGCGGCUCGCCGGCCUCUGGGACGGCGCCGACUGGCCGCACGACUGCGCCUUCGAGCCCGACGCGAGCAACUACGCGCCCUCCGGCUUGGGCGGCACCCCGCAGCACGUCAUGUCCUUCAUGGCCGAGAAUAUUGUCGCGCAGGGCACGCAGGCGCAGGCGCAGGGGGCAGCGCUCGAGGCGCUGCGCGGGUUGGUGGAGCAGCAGGCCUCGCAGAUGGAGCAGCAAGCCUCGCAGAUCGCGGCGCUGCAAGCACAAAUGGGUGCCGCGGCGCCGGCUGGGACGGAGUAUAGAACUGGGUAUCCCCUUUGGUGACUGUAAUCUGUAUCCCCAUAUGUGUUGGCUGUUGCGUCCAUACCAUGCGUCAAUAUAAAAAAUGUCUAGCUCUC